CACCCAUUUACAAAAUAUAAGAUGCCAAUACUUAUAAAACUAAGCAGCUGAGACGUUGUAAUAACGUAGGAUUCUAGUUUUGUUUGAAGCCUAGCUCAGUGGAAGGUGUUACUUUGUCGCAACUUCAAUUUUACAAGGAAAUAAUUCAAGACCUAUGUUCUCGACAUUUCUUCUAAAAUGUUCCAUAUAACGUCGACUGCAACAAAAUUGGCACGGAGUAUCAUUCAGUGUCCAGCCCGCAACUAUGCACAAAAAAUUCCCGACCAUUUGCUUCAUGUUCCAGACGCAGCCGAUCCCAAAUUUUUUCACAUGGUUGAAUACUACUUUCAACGGGGUCUGCAACUGUCCGAGAAUGAAUUGAUCAGCACCAUCAAAGGAAAUGCCAGUGCUGCCGAAAAGACAAAACGUGCGUCCGGAAUCUUGAUGCUCAUGCAAAGAUGUGAUGCCAUUCUUGAGGUCACAUUUCCGAUUAAACGAGAUUCGGGAGAGUUUGAAAUGGUAACGGGUUACCGUGCUCACCAUUGUACCCAUCGAACUCCGGUCAAAGGUGGUAUACGUUAUUCGCUGGAUGUGUGCAGAGAUGAGGUGAAAGCUCUGUCCGCUCUUAUGACGUUCAAAUGUGCCUGUGUGGAUGUGCCGUAUGGUGGGGCAAAGGCUGGAGUUAAAAUUGAUCCCAAGCAGUAUUCCGAAAAUGAAUUGGAGAAAAUCACUCGAGAUUUUACGUUAGAACUGGCGAAGAAAGGUUUUAUUGGGCCUGGAAUAGAUGUACCAGCACCUGAUGUAGGAACGAGCGAACGUGAAAUGGCAUGGAUUGCAGACACGUACUUGAAGACUCUUGGAUACAACGAUUUGAAUGCUCGGGCAUGUGUAACCGGUAAACCGAUAAAUCAGGGUGGAAUACAUGGACGUGUUGCAGCUACCGGUCGUGGAGUCUUUCAUGCUGUGGAUAAUUUCACUAAAAAUGAGGAUUGCAUGAAAAUGAUUGAUGUGCCAAUUGGCUUAAAAAACAAGACCUUUAUUGUGCAGGGUUUCGGAAACGUUGGUUCGAAUUCGUGUGUGUAUUUGACAAAGGGCGGCGCAAAGUGCAUUGGAAUUUUGGAACGCGACGGAUCGAUUGUUAAUCCAAAUGGUAUCGACAUAACUCAACUGCUCGAGUUUCGAAGCAAAAACGGUACCAUCGUUGGAUUUCCUGGAGCGAAAAAGUAUUGCGGAGAGAACCUCAUGUUUGAGAAAUGCGAUAUUUUCGUACCAGCCGCUCAUGAAAAGGUUAUAACCAAAGACAAUGCUGACAAAAUCCAAGCGAAAAUCAUUGUUGAAGGUGCGAACGGGCCAACAACUCCUGCCGCGCAUACGAUACUGGUCAACCGCAAAAUUUUGGUUAUACCAGAUCUAUUCGCUACAUCUGGCGGUGUGACUGUGUCGUUCUUUGAAUGGCUGAAAAAUAUCAAUCACGUCUCCUUCGGUCGUCUUCACUUCAAAUACGAACGAGAAUCGAGUUUCCAUCUAUUGAAUUCCGUCGAACAAUCGCUAAAGAAGCAUUUCGGUAAGGACAUUUCCGUUGCACCAUCCGACUCGUUCCGAGAACGCAUACACAGUGCAUCCGAGAAAGAUAUAGUUUAUUCCGGUCUCGACUAUACCAUGGAACGAUCGGCUAAGGCAAUCAUGAAAACUGCAACGAAAUACAAUUUGGGGCUGGAUUUCCGCACGGCGGCCUACAUUAAUUCCAUUGAGAAAAUAUUUGUUACGUACAGAGACGCUGGAAUUGCAUUCUAGGCGCUGUCGUGGAUGUUUGAGUAUGAAAAGGAACAUUGUUUGUUGCAUUUAUUAACUUGAAAUAAAUCAACUCGAA